CAGUGUGUCAGUCUUGUGUUCACAUUGUUGAUUCUGAUCAGUGGGUUCAGGUGGAGCCGUCAGUCUGUACAGAUGAAGGAGGGUCAGAGUUCAGGAUCAGCACCCCGGCGGGUUGAUUCGAGUGCAGCAGGACCAGAAUGCGAUGGGUCUGUGCUGGUGACGUCACUCUCCAGUACCGUGCAGUAGAUGGAUGUUUCCUCAGAGCAGAGCUGGAGAGGCUUCAGUGUGAGCGAAUUGGUCCUGUGAUUGAUGUGACAGUGAUCUCAGGGAAACUGGAGGAGACUCAUCUGCCUCAUUACGCCUGUUUAGCAGAGUCUGACCCCUCUCUCAGAGAUGCUGUGAAGCUCCUCAGCACAAGAGAUGAAGGAAUAUCUUUACAAUCUGUAGAGUUGACCCGUUAUCAUGCCAAAAUAGUCCAACCAUCCUUCUCUCUCAUAACUCUAAUCAUAAAUUUGUUCAUAAAGUGCGAAAAACACUGUGAUCUCCUUCUCUACAUGCGGUGUAAAGAGCCUCUCAUCCUUCACAUCUACUUUUUUCCAGCGAAUGAUACUUGUUCAAGAGAAAAAGUUGAGCAGAGUGAAAAAUCAAGUCUUUUGAUCAGCCAUCCCAGACCUGACAGACCAUUUCGGUUGAAAACACCUCACCUUCUUGAGGUUCCUGGUGCAUCUGUCCAUCCCGUAGAGGGGAUUUCAUUUAGAACAGAUAUCGACCCAAACUUCUUCAAGGUCAAGCAACAUCAGCAUGAUGAUGUAAAAAUGAAUCUUAUCAGAGAGGAGGACAGGACGUCUGUGUGGAAGGCUACAAUAUGGAAAGAAGAAUUAGCCCCCGUAAAUCCAAGGCAAGUCCAGGAAGAGCUGCAUCUGUGUUCUGAGUUUGAUAAAGCUCAGUUCUUUGAGAAACACAGAUCAGCUCUCAUUCAAAGGGUUAAAAAUGUGAAGAGCAUUGCAGAUAAACUGCAUGAGCAGAGAAUAAUUCAUGAGGAACUAUAUUCUGAAAUCACAUAUACUAAUUUGACCAGUCAGAAUAGCAUGAGAAAGAUCUGCUCCACAGUGCAUUCAAGUGGUGUGAUUGCAAGAGGUAAAUUCAUUGUGAUUCUUCAGGAAGAAGAGCCCCAUCUCUUUGAAGAACUGGUGCGUUCAGAUUCUUAAAGACCUCUUAGUGAAUAUAUUGCUUUAGAUGGACAGAUUAUGCUAAAUGAUUAAAUGGAACUGUUUAAUGCUCGAAUGCAAGAUACAUUGAUUUCUGAACAGAACUGAAAUAUUAAUUGAAAAACACAUGGUCAGAUUAUCUGGCGAUCACUGAUUAGGUACUAAUAUUUUUGCAAACUGAAUUAUUCAAGUUACAGACAACACUCAAAUGAUCAGCUUAACUGUACGUAAUCUCAAAAACAUCUAGACUGCUUAAGUAUAUUUUGUUGUCUAAUAAGAUUGUUGAAUAAGGUGAAUGUAAUUUUUUGGUCCAGUUUGACAUGGAGGUACAUUUAUAGUUUAAACACUUCUUUUGUAAACUGAAUUUUGACAUUAUAAAUCAUUUUAAAAAAUUGUAUUCACACAUGCCCUAAAAUAAAUUGUGGUAACACUAACAAGGCAGCAACACAACAGAAAACGAACCGACAAUAGAACAGCACAUAUAGCUAAUAGGCCCCAGCUGAAAAAACAAUAGAACCCUGCCCAAAACACAAUAGAAAAUGUAAUGGUUUUAAUGGUUUUAAUGGGAAUUGUAUUGAUUUUAAUGGAAACUAUAAUGGUGUCUACUGGUAUGUGAUGGAUUCUAUUGGUGGGGUGUUAAAUCCUAUUGGAAAAAUGCCCAAAACACACUACAAAUAGGAAUUUUGUAAUGGUUUUAAUG